UAGAGGCCGGGGCGGGGGGGGGCCUCGUCACAUGAGCAGCCUGGGGCCCGGCAGCCGGUUCCGGGGAGCCCUGCAUGGAGCUGGGGGAGACCCGGCCCCCCCCAGCAUCCCCCGCUAAAGGGGGGAGCCUGACCCACUGCUGUAGCCUGUAUCUGGGUGACCGGGCCCCCCUGCCAUGUCCACCGAGAGCUCCCCCCUCCUGAGCUACCGGCUCUUCAGUGUGGUGGACGAGGGGGAGAUGCCAGGGAGCCGGGCCCAGGAGGAGGCCCCCCUCGUGGGGGGGGGCGCCAUGGGCACCCCGCACCCUGACCCGGCCGGCCGGCUCUCCACCUUCUUCGGCGUCGUGGUGCCCACCGUCCUGUCCAUGUUCAGCAUCGUUGUCUUCAUGCGUGUGGGGUUCGUGGUGGGGCACGCCGGGUUCCUGCAGUCGCUGCUCAUGCUGGUGGUGGCCUACGUCAUCAUCCUGCUGACCGUCCUGUCCGUCUGUGCCAUCUGCACGAAUGGAGCCAUCCAGGGGGGUGGGGCCUACUUCAUGAUCUCGCGGACGCUGGGCCCCGAGUUUGGGGGCAGCAUCGGGCUUAUGUUCUACCUGGCCAACGUCUGCGCCUGUGGGGUCUAUAUCCUGGGGCUGGUGGAGGCCGUGCUGGACGUCUUCGGGGCAGACGGGACGGACCCCCCCGGCGCCCGCGUCCUGCCACAGGGCUACUUCUACAGCUUCCUCUACGGCUCGGUGGUCCUCCUGCUCUGCCUGCUGGUCUGCCUGGUGGGGGCCCGGAUCUACGCCCGGGCCGCCUUCCUCAUCUUCCUGGUGGUCAACCUGGUGCUGCUGGACAUUUUCGUCAGCUUCGUGGCCGUGGGGCCCCGCCAGGUGCCCGUGGCCCGCGACGCCAACCACACCGUCAACGCCAGCUUCACCGGCUUCCGCCUGGCCACCCUGCGGGCCAACCUGCCCGCCAUGUACUCCCGCGACUACACCACCAACAACGUCAUGACGUUCGCCACCGUCUUCGCCGUCAUGUUCAACGGCUGCACCGGGAUCAUGGCCGGGUCCAACAUGUCGGGGGAGUUGAGGAACGCCAGCAGCUCCAUCCCCAAGGGCACCAUCAUCGCUGUGGUUUACACCUUCGUCAUCUACUUCCUCCUCUUCCUCAUGACCAGCUUCACCUGUGAGAGGACACUGCUGAAGGAAGACUACGGCUUCUUCCGGUCCAUCAACCUGUGGCCGCCCCUGGUGCUGGUCGGGGUUUACGCCGCGUCCCUCUCGGCCUCCAUGAGCUCCCUCAUCGGGGCCUCCCGCAUCCUGCACGCGCUGGCCAAGGACGACCUGUUCGGCAUCAUCCUGGCUCCGGCCAAAAUCGUCUCCAAGGGGGGGAACCCCUGGGUGGCCGUUCUGUACACCUGGGCCCUGGUGCAGGUAAGUGCCCCCCCCCACCUCCUGCUCUAACCUGAUGCCCUCCCA